AAGCGAAGUCCCGUCCAUCAUUGAGCUGCGCCAUUUUGAGCGAGCAGUCCACCUACGUAUCUAGGUCUGCAGAGAAACAGCGUCGAUUGCUCAUACGUACUUCUUUGUAUUUUGCGUUUUAAUUUCAACCGUUCGAUCGUCCAAGACAUCGAAAAUGUCUCGGGAUAGAUUUAACAGGAAUAACGGCGGUGGAAUGAACAAUUUUCAGCCACGUAGGGGUGGCGGCCCUGGCGGCCCGAUGCGAGGCGGACUGAUGGGGAACCCACAUUUCAGGAAUCACCCUUUCGGGAACCAGAACCAGAAUCAGAACCGAGGCGGACACAUGGGUAACAAUCUCAACAAGCCGCCGAACGGUAACCAGGGACCACCGAAGCCGCAGACGCCUCAAUCCACGCCGGCUAUCCUUCCUCCGUCACCAGGCCCUGCUCUAACAAUGAAAGGCCCUAUACAACAGCAGAAGGAGCAGCAGCAGAAAGAACAACAGCUGAAGGAGCAGCAACAGAAAACCCCUGCUACCCCCGUACCCCAGCCGAAGAUCACGACACCUACUCCGAACCCCACUAUUACUGCGACUCCACCGAAACCGAAUAUUUCAUCACCUGCCCCGAAACCGAACCUCUCAUCGCCUCCUCCAAAACCGAAUCUAACAUCGCCUCCCCCAAAACCGAAUCUAGCAUCGCCGCCACCAAAGCCGAAUCUAGCAUCGCCGCCACCAAAACCGAAUUUCUCAUCGCCCCCACCAAAACCGAAUUUCUCAUCGCCUCCACCCAACCAGGGAAACCAGGGAAACAGAAAUAUGAACCAGAACAAUAGAAACAUGAACCAGCAGCACCAGAAACCGCAGAUGACCAAUGUAAACGGCCAGCAGCAAAGGCAGAUGGGCCACCAAGGCCACAAGCAGUCUCCACAGAUGAACAAACCAAGGCCCCAGCAGCAGGCCUACAGACCAGAGGGGGGAGGAGAAGGUCCUACGGAACUCAAAGCAACCUUUUCGUUGCUUCUCAAACCCGGUGAGAAGACCUACACCCAGCGAUGCCGUCUGUUCAUUGGUAACCUGCCCAACGAUAUCAGCGAUGAGGAGUUCAAGAAACUGUUUGCCAAGUAUGGAGAGCCAAGCGAAGUCUUUAUUAACAAGAACAAAGGCUUUGGAUUCAUUCGAUUGGAGUCGAGAGCGCUGGCAGAGAUUGCUAAAGCCGAACUGGACGACACGCCCAUGAAAGGCAGACCACUGCGUGUGCGAUUCGCCACACACUCAGCGGCCCUCUCAAUCAAAAACCUUUCGCCCUUCGUCUCCAAUGAGCUCCUGGAAGAGGCCUUCUCACAGUUUGGGAUGGUGGAGAGGGCAGUCGUCAUUGUUGGCGACCGUGGUAAUUCCACAUGCAAGGGACUCGUCGAGUUUGCCUCCAAGCAUGCUGCCCGGAAGGCCCUUGACCGCUGCAAUGAAGGAGUGUUCCUGCUUACUAGUUCGCCGCGGCCAGUGGUUGUCGAGCCCCUGGAACAGUACGAUGACGAAGAUGGCCUCCCAGAGAAGCUGGCCCAGAAGAACCCCAGAUACCAAAAGGAGCGCGAGGAGCCCCCCCGCUUCGCCCGGCCGGGGACCUUUGAGUUUGAGUACUCCAAGCGCUGGAAGUCCCUGGACGAGAUGGAGAAGCAGCAGAGGAAGCAGGUGGAGGUGAACAUGCGUGAGGCCCGCGAGAAGCUGGAGAGUGAGAUGGAUGACGCCUUCCACGAGCACCAAGCAACCCUGCUCCGCCAAGACCUGCUGAGGAGACAGGAGGAGCUCCGGCGGAUGGAGGAGAUGCACAGCCAGGAGAUGCUCAAGAGGAAGGAGAUGCAGAUCAGGCAGGAGGAGGAACGUCGCCGGCGAGAGGAGGAGAUGAUCCAUAAGAGGGAGGUGGAGGAGCAGAUGAGGCGCCAGCGUGAGGAGAAGUACAGGGGCAUGGGCAACUUCAUGGAAAGCAGGGAUCGUGAUAUGAGAAUGAAUCAAGGUGGAGCCAUGGGCCUGGCUGACAUGCCUUUUGGCUCUCCAAACCAGAAGUUCCCCAUGGGUGGACUUGGCUUUGAGGGACAGCAGGGUGGGAUGGGAGGACCCUCUCCUGGAGGCAUGAUGCCCAACGAAAUGCGCAAUGAGCGCUUCCCCCAGGGAGGUCCAAGGGGGAUGGGUCCUGGUAACCCUGGGUUUGGUAGGGGCCGCGAAGAGUUUGAUGGACCUGCCAAGAAGCCACGCUUUUAAACGCUGGCCCUGGCAGCCAUUUUGCCAGCAGCGGCAGCCCUGUUUGUGUAGUUCCUCUUAGGGCAAACCUUGUUGAGUCAUAAAUGUUGUAUUCAAGUUUCCAAGUGAUUGUGCAUUUUUAGCCCCAGAGACUCGAGUCAUUUUAUGGCACCUAACGAAAUUUCUUUCCUUUUUAUUUUAUUUUAUUUUUGUAUUUGGAGUAGACCAGUAGGGACCACGUAACCGUGGUCCACUAAUGGGUACCUAAUAUGACCCAUUUAUCAUUUCUUUCUUUAUACAGUUGUCUCAUAUUCUUUUAGUGGUCGUCAUGUAACAAUUGUAAUUUUCUCAACUUUCUAUCUAUGGCUGUGUUUUUGUGCCAACCAUUUGAAGUAAAAGCAUGUAUUACAAUAAAGACAAAUAUUGGUUCCAUCACAGGAAAAAGUCUUUAGAAUUGUUUUCUUAAAACAAGAUGAAAUAUCCACACCAUGAGCAUCCGUUUCCAGUAGUUUCAAAUACAAAAAAUGCCAGGGUGGUCACAAGUCUGAAGGAGAGGAUAACUUACUUGCAUGUAUUUAAAUUUUCAAAGAAUUCGUCCAGGCAUUGAAAAUUUGUUUCUGGUUGGAUAACUAAGAAUUAUUCUAACAUGCAUUAUUUACAGUUACUAGUUCAAGCAGCUGUACUUAGUGAUCUUAACUUUUAAGAAGUAAGAUCAAUGCAGCUAGUUGACAUGUAAUGUAUUUUGUAGUUUUUGUUUUUCUUCUAUUAUAAGGGCCUGUCUAUACAAAACCAGGACCUGUUUUUGAGAUCUGAGAUUUGAUCUUGAUUAAUUUGGGGUGUAUCCCCUUCCAAAAUAACUUUUCUAUGCCUCAAAAUAUCCCCAAAAAACUUUUACUUUGGUUUGGGUCAAUAUUGCAUUGAACAUGUAUCCAAAGAACACAAUAUCUCUUAAGGAACAAAUUAUGGCAGCCCGAUUUGCUGAUAUUCAGAGUAUUCUCCCUGAUCGUUGCACCAGUCAAUGUGUCAAGCUUCUCUUAUACUCUUAUUUUAAGUUGGUUAAUGCUAUAUGUAUUUUAUAAACAAAUGCCAUUAAUUUAUCUUAAUUCAUAAGACUAGAAAACACCGGUGCAAGGUUUGUCAUUUCCUUUGGCAAUCCAAUAUUUCUUAGGUGUGUUACUGAAUUAAUCGUUUCCAUUACUAUUUAUUUCCAAUCUGCUUGAAAGAAGGCAAGCGUCCCAAUAUGAUCCAUCUAGUAUUCAGCUCCAUAAGGAAGCAUCACAUGUGCCCAAGUAAUGCCUUUAUUUUAGCCAAGACAAGAUUGUGUUUGCAUUUUACACUCAAACAAAGAAGGUAUGCCAACAGGUGCCCUUACCUGAAAAAUAAAUAUCUAAAUUCAUCA